AGAAAAGGGAGAAUCUUCAAACGAUGCGGAAGGAAAGUGAGGAUUCGUGUUGUCUGCCCCUCAGACAGGAGUUACGGCGCUCCAAGUUCUCGCUGCAUCACGCGGAUCCCGGCGUGUUCUGUCGCUCCCAGUGGCAGCGUGGAGAACGAAGUGUCCUCUGGCUGCUGUACCGCUGGCUGCUCGCCACUUUCUAUUCCGCUGGCGUGAUUGGAAGUCUGUUAAAGGUGUUCAACGAGGGCACUUGGUUUAUUUAUCUCACGCAUUGGGGCUUCAGUUUGUGCCUGUUUGCCAGCGUCUAUGGUGCUGUUGUGGCCAGCAUUUACUUCAGCAAACCCACAUAUUUCGCUCCUGGCAGCGUGGCGCUGAAGAUCUAUUGGCUUUCCCAUUUCACAACUGUGGCGCUCUCGAUGCUGGUAACGUUGAUCUACUGGGCAGCGCUCUACCCAUCCAUGCCCGAAAUUGGUGCAGAUUUGAACAACCUCUGGGAGCACGCCUUCAACUCGAUUUUCAUGAUCCUAGACUGCUUCAUGCUGGCGUUUCCCACACACAUCCUGCAUUGUAUCUAUCCCCUGGCGGUGAUUCUUACAUUUGGAUUUUUCUCGCUGGUUUACCACUGGUGCAACGGACAUGAUUUCGAUGGCAAUCCUUUUAUAUAUCCCAUCCUGGACUGGGCUCGACCAGGCCUGGCCAUUGGCACGCUUUGUGGCUGCUUGCUGCUUGUGUGCUGCUUCUCCGUUUGUGUCUUUGGGCUGUACAGACUCCGCCUGUGCAUCUACAAUUGCUGUGGGAGAGAACAGAAAAGCAGGAGGAGGAGCACCAAACAGAGUCUCAGUCCAUAUCCGUAUCGACAAUUCUAGACAGACAUUGAGAGACUGAAGGCAAAUUUACUUAAUAAUUGGCCCAAAGGCAAAUAAAAGUGCAAAGAUGAGGCAAUUUGCAAAGUGAAUAGAAAGGACUUUUGGGUUGGUGGCUGUGUGUGGUGCCAUAAGUUGCCUAUUGGAGUGUCCCCUUAUGGUUUUCAUGGUACAUUUCUGAUGGCCAACACACACUCCUAAUUGUUGAUUAAAUGCUACCACAAAUUGCUGCAAACGUUCAGUCGGUUUCUGGUCGAUUUGCCUCUUGUUUUUCGAAUGUCUGCCGCUUGCUCUCCAUUUACCAGCUGCUGUUGUCAAAGCAGUUAGCACUGCAGCCACGCGUGUCGGCAAGCAAGGAGGGAGAGUAGUCCGACAGGUUACUAGGUAGCUAGCAGCAAAUUGCCCAAGAGGUGUGUGCUACUCCUGUUCGUUCCUGUGUAUGUGUGAAUGCCAUGUCCUUUGGGUCAUUGCAAUUUUGCACGUGAACUUGUUAACAGCAAGUGGUAGGAGCAAAAAAAGAACACAAGCAAAGGGGAGCACCGAAGUCAAGACAUGAACUGCAAAUUGAACAGUUAUGGGUAGAUGCAUACUGCAUUGGAGCUGUCACUAUGUUCACUCUCCAAUGAACUGAGGACAAAGCAUGAUAUGGGACAUCCUUAGAUGUAGGGGGCAUAAUCUCUAUAGUGCGUAGCGAAAGUAUAUGAAA